CUUUGAUAAACUCCUCUGACUAUCUGUCUCUUCACCCCUCCUUUGAUAAGCACUCUCUCUUUCUCUCUCUCUCUUUCUGAAUAUCGGUCCACUGCUUUGCUGUCAUCUCUUGGUCCCAAUUUCUUGAUUUACAGACCAAAAAAAGCUGCCUGCUUCAUUUCAAUUAUUUUCUGAUUGGGUUUUCAAACUGAUCCAAUAAUAAUACUUUAGAUCUCUCCUUCAGAUCUUCUUCUUCUGCUUCACCUUUUAAAGGAUUUUAAAGACCCGGGAUUGAUUUGAGGUGCGUAAGUGGGAAUGCGGAUAACUCAAAGAGGGAUUUCAAUGAGAUGAGGUAUGCUAUUCGGGUUCAUGAACUUUUUGUGGGCUUGUUUUCGGCCGAGGUCGGACCGACAUGUUCACAAUGGUUCUGAUUCUGGCGGUCGUCAAGAUGGGCUUUUAUGGUACAAGGAUACAGGACAACAUUUUAAUGGAGAUUUUUCCAUGGCUGUAGUUCAAGCCAAUAAUUUAUUGGAGGAUCAGAGUCAGCUUGAAUCAGGGUGUUUGAGCUUGCAAGAAUCAGGACCUUAUGGUACCUUUGUAGGAGUGUAUGAUGGACAUGGAGGACCUGAGACGUCACGGUUUAUUAACAGUAACCUCUUUCAACAUCUCAAGAGGUUUACUUCCGAGAAUCAAUCGAUGUCAGUGGAGGUAAUUAAGAAGGCAUUUCAGGCAACGGAAGAUGGUUUUCUCACUCUUGUAUCAAAACAGUGGCCAAUGAAACCACAAAUAGCUGCCGUUGGAUCAUGCUGCCUAGUUGGGGUAAUAUGUGGUGGAACCCUUUACAUUGCUAAUCUUGGAGACUCUCGAGCUGUUUUGGGGAGGCUUGUGAAGUCAACUGGGGAAGUUCUUGCUAUUCAACUUUCAGCUGAACACAAUGCAUGUAUAGAGUCUGUAAGACAGGAGCUGCACUCCACACAUCCAGAUGACUCGCAAAUUGUAGUUUUGAAGCAUAACGUGUGGCGGGUAAAAGGGCUCAUACAGAUAUCAAGAUCCAUAGGGGACGUCUACUUGAAAAAGGCAGAAUUUAAUAGGGCCCCUUUGUAUGCCAAGUUCCGCCUACGUGAACCUUUUAAAAGACCAAUAUUGAGCUCAGAUCCAUCAGUUUCGGCUCACCAGUUGCAGCCACAUGAUCAGUUCAUAAUAUUUGCUUCAGAUGGCCUCUGGGAGCACCUGACAAACCAAGCAGCUGUUGAUAUUGUUCAAAAUCACCCGCGCACUGGAAGUGCUAAGAGAUUAGUAAAAGUUGCAUUGCAGGAAGCAGCAAAGAAGAGGGAAAUGAGAUACUCUGACUUAAAAAAGAUAGAUCGUGGGGUUCGUCGUCAUUUCCACGAUGACAUCUCGGUGAUCGUGCUCUUUCUUGACUCGAACCUCAUGAGCAGAGCUAGCUCGGUUAGAACCCCUAGCGUCUCAGUGAAAGGAGCAGGAAUUAAUCUACCAGCAAACACACUUGCUCCUGGCCCCACCUGAUGGUCUCUCAAAUCUCUACUAUACAUAUAGAAACAGUCUGUGUAUCCCUCUCUAAUUUGACAUUUCCCGUACUAUAUCCUCAGUGUGAAUACACCCCAAAGAAAGAGAAAUCCAAGGUAGUUUCUUGUGAAUGGUCAAACCAGGCAACCUGGUGCACCAUGGUUCCUUGGAUAGAGAAUGGAAGGCCCAUGUAGUUUCUUGUGAAUGGUCAAACCAGGCAACCUCGGUGCACCAUGGUUAACUGUAUGUUGGUUGCUUAGAGUAAAAGUUUAAAAUUCUUUAUAGUAAAAUGUAACAUGUUGAGUUGGGGUACUACUAAAACUUCACAGGUACAAGUGUUAUAGUUUAUUCCCUUUAUUUACUGUGUUUUAACUGAAAA